UUUCCCCCAACUUUAUUCAACAUUUGCAAUUAUUAUUUGUAUACAUAUACGCAUUUAAAUUUAUUUAUACAAAAAAUGAAUCCAUUCAAUGAAAAAAUUCUUAGGAUUGCAUAUCAGUCUAAUCAAUCUUAUUAGAUUGCAUUCUAAUAUAACAACUUCGCCAUUUAACCUAGGCCUUUCUGUAAAGAAUCACUCGGUGUUCCUCGGAUGUCUUCAUCUAUUCAAGUUACUAGAGGAUCGGCCGAGGUUUGCCGAUGGUUAAAGUGUAAACUCUCCAGUAAAUAUAAACUCAAACAUGGAUCUCAGUAGGCCUAAUUUCUCGAAAGCUGGUGAACAAAAUCCUUGGAGUGAUGCUGAUUCCGCUCUAUCUCCACUACUGAAUGUAUUGAAUUUAGCAGAGAAAUUAGGCUACGUUCAAAAGGAUAAAGCAGUGCAGUUCAAAAGUUCAGCGCCUUCUUUAGCCAUGAUAGCAGUACUGAAAGAAAGUUCAAGAAUUCAGAAGGAAUUACAUCAGGUUGAUUUAGACAUCCAAAAAAGAAUGCAAGACAAAGAGACAAGUGACAUUACUCAUUUUGACACCAGAGAAAAGAGAAUAAAGGACAUACAGAGUUUGAAUGGACACAUGCAAUCCAUCAUCGACAGCAAAACUCAGUUGAAAACAAGACUCCAGCAACCAUUUGUUGGUGAUUAUGUAAAAAUCGAAGCACAGUAUCACAAAUAUGCAGCAGAGAUUUUCCCUCAGAUAGCUCCAAUACUAGCAGAUCUCAAUACCCACUUAGAGAAUAUAACAUGGAUGAAGUCAUUGUCCUUCAAUGAUGGACAAAUGGAAAAUUUGUUGAGUGAACUACACAAUAGCCUAGCCGGUCUACAGACAACUUUCCAGUUAUUAUGUCAAAUGAGGACCUGCAUGACCCAAUUUCACAACCUUGACCUAAAAUCUUGACAACUGUUUUGACAUUCUAUUGUUCAUAUUCAGUUAAAUAUCAUGUUUUUAUAACAUACUACAUGUGCAUGCAUGUAGAAUCACGAGUUUUUCAAGUAUUAAAAUGUAAUUAUGCAGAAAUCACAUCAUGCUUUCAUUGUUUACAUGUCAUUUAUUCCUUUAUUUAUAUUUAUGUAAUCAUACAUGUAUAUUAAGUACAGGCUUUUAUUUCAAGUUUAAAUGUCACUUGCAUAUCGCAGUGCAUUCAUUGAAACAUUAAAAAGAUAAAACAGCACUGGUUUUAUCACAGACAAAACAUUGAUGAAUGUAAAUAUUUGGUCAUUAAACCAUGAUUAUUAUACAUGUACGUUAAUAGGCACACAGACUGCAGCUUUAGAGUAAGAACUUGGGCUUACUUACUGUAAAUUCUCCCAACUUUAAAAAAAGUGAAAGUAUUGAUAUUAAUUAUUGUUGUAUAGUGAAAUGAAGAGAGGUAAUAAAUGAUAAAAAUUUG